UCUUUUACGUCAGUCAAGUGCAUAGGGGAAUCGGAAAAACAACAGGGCCGGCUUCCUCUUUCAGACAAUGAGAACCAGAGAAGGCAACGAGCCACAUUUCCUUUGAUUGGAUUUACCCUGAUGAAGAUCCAAAAUUAGUAUCCAAAGCCACUGCCGGGAGAAGGUUGAACCAUGGCGGCUCUCAUCUAUCAGCUGUUGUCGCUCACACUCGUCACGGUGGUGGUCCAGAUGGUCACGCCAUACACGUUUAAGAACUGCAUCGAGGAUAGGAACUCGUGGAGGCUCAGCUUCAAAUGCAACCUGCGAAAGGAGACAAACAUAUCUGCCAUCAUGGAAGACCUGCCGAACUCCGUCAUCAAUCUCACCAUUUUGGGCAAUCCCGUCCAGCACAUUCCCAAUGAUACCUUUGCCAACUUCCAGAACCUUCGCCAUCUUCGGUUGGACAGCAACCAUUUGAGCACAAUUGACACACUUGCUUUCGGCGACCUGCAUCAACUCAAGUCUCUCAAUUUAUCCUUUAACAACAUCUCCCAGCUGAGCCCCUCACUGUUCGCGAGCCUGCACAAUCUCACCUUUCUCUCGCUGAGGGGCAAUAAACUCAAGCAGCUGCCGGCGGCAAUUUUCUCAGCCAUGCUCAAGCUCAACACUUUAAUACUACAGCGGAACCACCUGAUCAACUUCUCAGGGAUUGUUGAGUCUGUGUCACACUUAAGGUAUCUAUGGAAAUUGGACCUUUGCCACAACAACUUCACUUCUUUGCGCCACAACCAAAAUCCACUUCCUGGAUCCCUCACAAACUUGUACCUGUGUCGAAACAAUCUGUCCACUUUAGGAUGUGACCACUCCUUCCUCUCUAAUGUCAAGAUCUUGGAUUUGUCUUACAAUUUUGGACUCACCGAAGGGGAGUUUGUUGGUGUGAACCUGGCGCACAUCAACUACCUCAACUUGCACUCAACAGCGGUAAACGUGACAACGUUUUUGAACGUCAGCAACAUCUCCGCGAGCCACAUGGACUUUUCAGGUAUGAGUGUGAAAAAUGACAGUCUGUUACUCGAGCUGUGCAAGCUGUUGAGGCAAAAGGUGAGAAAGCUUAACUUGUUGCGUCUGGGCAGCAAUGGCAUCAGUUUCCUACAAAAUGACACGCUGUCCCAUUGCCCGAUAAUCACAAAAUCUCUGGAGCUAUCGCGGAAUAAUAUAAGGAGCUCACAAAACAGGGUUUUAAAUUGCCUUGGUUUUCUUGGCAAGAAUAGAUUUUUGAAGAUAUUUAAUAUUGAGCAUAACCACCUGACUAGCCUUUACACUUGCAAGAGAAACCACACGAUUCGUUUCCAUGAGUUGGAGGAGCUCAGCUUCCGCUACAACCGUGUCUUGUCUGUCAAUGCUUGGGCUUUCUAUCACACGCCAAAUAUCAAAACCCUGAAAUUAAACAUCAACAACAUUGCCUUCCUCCAUCGUAAAGCUCUCAAGGGGCUCUACAGUCUUGAGACACUGCGUCUGGAUAACAACCUUCUCACCGACCUGUUCUUUGAAACCUUUGAGGAUUUGUCUGCUCUACAAACCCUUAACCUGCGCAACAAUCGCAUUUCAGUCAUUUUCAAUGGGACCUUCCACCACCUCAACAAUCUGACAACGUUGGACCUCGGGGGGAACAAGAUUACCUGUGUUCAGCCCUCUGGUCUUGAAGGACUCCGAAGCCUCUCAAAGUUGUACAUGGAUGGAAACAACCUGAGACAGAUUGACAUGGCCCUCCACAAUGUCUUUAAGGAGAGGCUGACAGUACUGGAUUUAGAAAAUAACCAGAUUCACUUCUCCACCAUAAAUAUCAGCUCACCAUUUGUAAACCUUAGCAGACUCAGCGACUUGAAGUUGGGCAGCCAGCGUCCCUUUGGCCUCAUACUAUUGCCGAACAACGUCUUCCGUGGCCUUCGCAAUCUCACUUCUCUUUAUCUCAACAACAAUCAAAUCUCAUACAUUUCCACCAACGCCUUUGACGACCUGAUAAGCCUACGUUUCCUCACCCUGGACAGGUGCUGCAAUGUGAACAUACUACUCCAACCGGGCAUUUUUAAGAAUCUUUAUAAUUUGUCGAGGCUCAUUGUAGAAAAUGCAGGCAUCAGUAACUUUUCUAGGAAGGUGUUUGGAAAUCUCACCCACUUGCGGACACUGCAGCUCAAUCACAAUGGGAUCCAAAGCCUUGAUGUGGAUGUGUUGAACAAUCUGUCCUAUCUGCGUUACUUGGACAUACGCAACCUUCCACUCAGCUGUACUUGCCAGAACAGCUUGCUGCAGAACUGGACGGUGCACAACCAAAGGGUCCAAGUGCCGUACGUCUACAAUCUGCCGUGCCAGCAGGGUGAGAAAAACAACUUCUACAACUUUGAAACCAACGUCUGCUACAUUGACCUAGGGGAGUAUCUCUUCUUGAGCACCGCUGCCGUGGUCGCUUUUUUAACGGCCUUCCCACUGCUUCAUAUCAAACUCUACUGGAAAAUGAAGUAUGGCUACUAUGUGUUUCGCUCCUGGUUCGGCGAGCAGUGGCGCAAGCUCAAAGAGGAGGAGGAGAAUUGCAUUUACGACGCCUUUGUUUCCUACAACUCCAAUGAUGAAGAGUGGGUCAUGGUGCAGCUGCUGCCCAACCUAGAGGGCAACGGCUCAUCAUUGAAACUUUGCCUGCAUCACCGCGACUUCGAGCCCGGCCGGGACAUUGUUGACAACAUUGUCACUGCUGUGUACAGCAGUCGCAAAACCAUCUGCGUGGUGAGCCGUAAUUUCCUCCAAAGCGAGUGGUGCUCCCUGGAAAUUCAGCUGGCCAGCUACCGGCUCUUUGAUGAGCACCGUGACGUGCUCCUGCUCGUCUUCCUGGAGCCAGUCUCAGAGCGUCAAAUGUCCUCCUACCACCGCAUGAGGAAGGUCAUGCUGAAGAAGACUUACCUGCAGUGGCCUGCCUCAGACUGCGUAAACCCCGAGCAGGCCCAGGAGCUGUUCUGGAAUCAGUUGCGUCGUGCACUGAAGACGGGGAGCAAACUGGAAAUGGAGGACAACAAUGAAACUCCUGACAGUGACGAUUUGGGAGAUUCUGACACUCAGACUCUCAUAGCAGAUGGAAACUAUAAUAAGUAUUAAAUAGCACUUUAUAACAAUAUGUCAGUGUUGAUUCUCAGCCAUCCAAUCAAAGUCAUGGUAAUUCGCUGAGGCUGAGUCCAGUUAGAUCGA